AUGUAAACGGAAUAAUUUUUUUUUGAUUCUAGUAAUUCGAAUGAAAGGAAUUAAUGGGUGAAAUUAAAUUCAAUUAGACGUCCAAUCUCCACUAUUCGAUUAUUUGAAGGAACUUUAUUUGUGAAAAGCAAGAAACAUGAUUUUUAUAAACCAAAGUUUUUUAGGUUGUUUUCUGAUAGACUAAACAUUUAUAAUGUAACAUAUACGAUAAGACAUUUAUAGAAUCCCAGAGAAUAAAAGGAAGUAGCAGCAUUAUUUUUAACAAAUGUUUAUUUAGAUCUCAACUCUUAAAAUAUAUUGGAAAAGGAUAAACAUCCUAUUGUAUUACUAUCAGGGUCCAAAAAAUACGUCUUUAAUGCUAGGUCAUAGGAGCAAAGACAAAAAUGGAUCGAUCAAUUCAAGAAGACUUGCAUUCUGAAUAAUUACCGAGACAUCUACUUGAACCUCAAAGUAAUAGGAAAGGGGACUUAUGCAAAGGUAAGAUAUUGAAUAAAUAAGGUUCUCUUAGCCCAAAGAAAAUAAAAUUAAAAUAAGUAUGCAGUUAAGACCUUCUAAAAGUCGGCAUUGAUGGACAAAAAUAAUAAAUAAAGAGUAACAUUAUAACUGAUAUCUUAAGCAAGGAUUACUUAAUGAAAUCGAUUUAUUGCGUUCUUGUGAUCACCCCAACAUUAUUAAAUUGUAUGAGAUUUACGAGAGUGGCGAUUACAUUUAUUUAGUGAUGGAAUUAUUAGAGGGAGGAGAAUUGUUUGAUCUCAUAUUAGAAACAUAAUGCUUCCAAGAAUCCAAGGUGGCUCUAAUCAUGUUCAAAAUAUUUGAUGCUUUAGAAUAUUUGCACACAAAGGUAUAAUCAUUUAUCAUCGAUUAAUUCAGAAUAUCAUGCAUAGAGAUAUAAAGCCUGAGAAUAUACUAUUGAAAGAUAAAUCCGAAAAUUUUGAUUUAAAAAUUGCUGAUUUUGGUUUGGCAUCUUACACUGAGGCUGAUCUACUUAUUACUAGAUGUGGGACUCCUGGUUAUGUUGCUCCAGAAAUUUUAGAAGACAAGAAAUAUAAUGAAAAGGUUGAUGUCUUCAGUGCAGGAAUUAUCCUUUAUAUUUUGUAUACAAUUUGUGUGAUAUUAGACUCUCUGGUCAAGCUCCCUUCUACGGAAAUAGUCUUGAUGAAAUUAUAGAGAAGAAUAGAGAUUGUUAGAUUAAUUACAAAGAUCUUAAGGUUUCUGAGGAUGCCUUGGAUUUACUAAAGCGAUCCUUAGAACCUAACCCAGAUGAUAGAAUUUCUUCAUUAGAGGCACUUUCUCAUCCCUUCAUAUCCCGUUUAUACAGGAGAGAAUCUAACCACAACGAUGAAACAAAUUUAACUCAACAUUUAAAUGAGAAAUAUAGUAUCAUAGACAGCAUGAAAAAGUUUGGGUAGAAUGAUUUGAGAUCCAAGAUUUCCAAAUGCAAAUAAAAUGAAUUGAUUCAAUAAACACCUUUUUUGGGUGUAAGAGAAUACGAUCCCAUUAAAGCAUCCUCUGACAGUUGGUUAAUGGAGAAGUCAAGCAUUAUAGAUUCAAAAUAGAUCUUUUGCUCUCCAAAUCUAUAGUAAUAAUCGUCUGAUUCUGAUUGUUCCAUUCUAAGCACUCCUGAAUCCAGAAAAGAAACCUAAAGAUAAUUAUAAUUUAGUGCACUCUAAUAAAUAGCAUUUCGACACUCUCCUAGUUAAUCUAUUUAAUCACCUUAAAGUUAAUAGAAAUCUUAACUACAAAUGAACCUUAAAAAAGCCAAUUAAAUUAGGGAUCAACUCAAGAAAUUAGGCUCGUGAC